CGAAUUCGCUGUGAUUGCCAGGCAAGAGAGCAUAAAUUGAUUCGAAAUUGCAUGUCAUGUGGUCGCGUUGUUUGUGAGCAAGAAGGAAGUGGUCCUUGCUGGUUUUGCGGUGAAUUAGUUUGCACACGUGAUGAAAGGAAGGUUUUGGAAGAUGGUUCGAAAAAUUCAUUGAUUCUUCGUUCUAAAUUUGAUCGUGCAAUAUUCAGUAGUGCAUCUGGUUCUUCCGAUGCUACCAUUCAAAAUGAUUUAGAAGCAGCUAAAGAUCUGCGAAACAGAUUGUUGGAAGCUGAUGCUGAUGUUGACCGAAGAACUCGUGUUCACGAUUUGCAGUCCGAUUAUCAUAAUCUUGAAAAUAAUAUUUAUUUGACAAAAGAGGAAAGGGAGGCCAUAAUAGCACGCAAACAAGAAAUAAAAGAAUUUCGUGCUCGCCAAAAAAAGCUGGUAGCACUCACUCUUGAACGCGAAAAUAUUAAAUUUCAAGAAACCCACAUGAAUGAUGCAGAUGAUCCUGUAAUUCAAUCAAUUAUGGAGAGAUCUAUGAAUCGAGUGAAGCAAAUUACUGAUCAGAACAAUCCAACUUUUAUGUCACCUAAUUCUUUUAUUGCUAAGUACGAUGAAACGAUUGGACGAAAGAUAAAGAAUAUCGACUAUGAAAACAUUUACGAUUUGGAGGAUUCAAAUUUUUAUUUGCUAAAUGAUCAGAUGAUGUAUGCUUAUGUAGAGCGUAAAGGAUUCGCAAUAGCUUUGUAUCAACCAGUUGCAUCAUUUCUUGUUCAUGGAAAAAGAAAACAUAUACCAUGGCACGAUGAGGUUCAUUUGCGUGGUCCUUUAAUUAUUGUUUCAAAUACUCAGAAGAUGACAGACGAAAUUUUCGAUCACGAAAUAUCCAUGUGCAAAGCACAAACAGAAAAUUUUGAAUCCGAUUUCCCAUGCGGUGCAAUAUUGGGUCGCGCAUUUUUGGAUGAAGUUUUAUCACCAGCAGAAUAUGCAGAUGUGUAUCCUGGUGAUGAGUGUUGCGAAGUCAAGAAUGGAUUCAUACUUAUUUUCAAAUUUUUCGAGCCUUUGCUGAUACCAAUUCCACAUAUACCUUCUCGAAGUGAUAUUUACAAGAUUAAUAAUCAUUUAAAAAAUGCUGUCCAAGAUAUUUUAUUGUCUCAGUGA